CUUGUUCAACCUGUCUUUCCUUAUUACCAAUUUACCCUUUAUAUAUUUCUUUCCCUUUUCCCGCCAAGGAAUCUACGGCUUUCCUUUGGUGGGCAGAUCUCCUCCCCUUGCGUGAGGCGCAAGGGGAGGAGACUCCAAAUAAUAGCCCAUUAAUUUGCAGAAAACACCAGGAAAACAAACGAGGCAGAGGACGACGACGAUGCUGCGAUUCAUCAGAUCCUCCGUGCCGAACCAGAGGAACCCAAUAAUCCAUGAAAUUGUUUCCUCCAUCAAAUCUUCAUGUCGGAGUCAAAAGGGUCUUCUUCAUUUCAUUCCCCAAAGUUCGACGAAUCAUGAAGUUCCCUGUCACCAACCGGCCGGUCUUCUUGGUCCCCCGGAGCUCUACAACAAUGCCCCUGAAACCCGACCCGAGAAGACCGGUGAGACAUUCAUGAACCUUAUGGUCUCCAACUACAACAAAAUCACCGAAAUGUUCCGCACCGAGAACGGCUCGCCCACCUACCUCUCCUCCGGCGACCCUUGCCUGGACUUCUUCUUCCACGUUGUGCCCGAUACCCGACCCGAUUCCUUGACCCAAAGGCUCGAACUGGCCUGGGCACACAACCCGCUCACCACCCUCAAGCUCAUCUGUAAUCUCCGAGGGGUACGUGGCACUGGGAAAUCCGACAAAUUCGGUUUCUACACGGCGGCGCUCUGGCUCCACAUGAACCAUCCCAAAACCCUAGUCCACAACAUCGAGUCCUUGGCCAAAUUCGGUUACUUCAAAGACUUGCCGGAGAUUCUUUACCUUCUUCUAGAAUCUCCUGAUAUCCGGAUUAAGCAAAAGAAAGAGUGGCGCAGGAAAAAAUAUGACGAGCCAACUUUGGUGGGGAAGGAUAUUGCAAGCGCCGCCAGGAAAGAGAAGCGCGUGGCCAUGGCGAAAAAGGCCCUUGAGAGAUACAAGAGCGACAAGGAAUUCCAGAUCUUGCACGACAGCGUAUCGGACUUGUUCGCCAAGUUUCUGAAGGCCGACGUCGAGUUAUUGAACUCCGGCAACUUUUACGACAUCAGUUUGGCGGCCAAGUGGUGCCCGUCGCUCGAUUGCUCGUUUGACAAGUCGAUUUUGCUCUGCGAGAGCAUUGCGAGGAGGGUUUUCCCGGUUGAUUCCCACCCGGAAUACAGAGGCAUCGAAGAUGCCCAUUAUGCGUACAGGGUGCGGGAUCGGCUGAGGAAGGAAGUUCUGGUUCCGAUUAGGAAGUCGUUGGAGCUGCCUGAGGUCUACAUGUCAGCCAAUCGGUGGAAUGAGAUUCCGUACAACAGGAUUCCCUCGGUAGCCAUGAAUCUGUACCGAGAAAAGUUCUUGAAGCACGACGAAGAGCGGUUUGUGAAGUAUUUAGAAGAUGUUAAAGUUGGGAAAUCAACAAUUGCUGCAGGGGCUUUGCUUCCGCAUGAGAUUAUAGCCUCUGUGAAAAACGGAGACGCUUCAUUUCAAGUGGCUGACCUUCAGUGGAAGAGAAUGGUGGAGGAUCUGUCCAAGGAAGGCAAGUUGAGGAACUGCCUCGCUGUCUGCGACGUCUCCGGGAGCAUGUAUGGGACCCCUUGGGAAGUCUCUGUUGCAAUGGGGUUGUUGGUUUCCGAUCUGAGCGAAGAGCCGUGGAAGGGGAAGGUUAUUAUUUUUAGCAAAUCACCUCAGCUUCAUAUAAUUGAGGGCGAUGAUCUUCAGUCGAAGAUGAAGUUUGCGGAGAACACAAUAAACUUUUUGAACACCGAUUUUCAGAAGGUGUUUGAUCUUAUAUUGCAAGUGGCGGUGGAUGGAAAGUUGAAGGAGGACCAGAUGAUCAAGAGGAUCUUCGCGUUUAGUGACAUGGAGUUUGACAAUGCUUCGUGCAAUGAUUGGGAAACCGACUACAAAGCUAUACAGAGGAAGUUCAGGGAGAGAGGGUAUGGCUCUGUGGUGCCGGAGAUUGUGUUUUGGAAUCUAAGGGACUCGAAAUCAACGCCGGUGACUAUCUCCGACAAGGGGGUGGCGCUGGUGAGUGGGUUUUCGAAGAAUUUGAUGAAGUUGUUCUUUGAUGGUGAUGGGAUAAUUAACCCGGCGGAUAUCAUGGAAGCUGCCAUCUCCGGCGAAGAGUAUCAGAAACUUGCUGUGGUGGAUUGAUAAUCUCUGCAGUGUACUUGGUCGGGUUGCGUGUGGUUCUUCUAUGAAUCAAAGUCAUCGGCUUUGGCAAGGGGUGUCCCCAAUAUCCUUUCCUCUAUAAUGAGAGAAGAAUGGUGCUCACAUACUA